AUGGAGCACGAACAACACUGGAAAAUUGAACUUAUCUCUCCGGAGAAGUCUCCAGAACCUCCGCCAAAUUCUGUGUAUUUUCCACCAAGAAAAUGUGUGAUUUGCUAUCGACCGGCGUACUGUAAGAACUAUGGGACGCUAACUUGCGACGCUUGUAAAAUGUUUUUCCGUCGUGUUGUCACCGAGAAGUUGGAGUAUGAAUGUUCAAAUGAGAACUCGUGUUAUUCAGACUUCACGGAGACGUCUGAAAUUUGUCCAAAGUGUAAAUCGUGUCGAUACCAGAGAUGUCUGGCAUUUGGAAUGCGAUAUGUGAUUAAGCAGAGUAAAAAACAGAUUUUAGAGCUGAAAAUGAGAAAAGAAAUGGAAAUGACCAAAAACCAAUUUCUGCGUCCUCAGGAUUGGUCGUUUUUUGCACUUUACACAACCGUCGAUUUUCUAUUGAAUUUGGAUUUCAUGCAGGAAUUGGAGACAUCUGAGAAGCUGAUCUUAUUAAAACACUCGGCUUCGAAAUGCUCACUUUUCGGCGGAGCAAUGAGAACGUAUCGUGGGAAACGGGACCGAAUGAUUACUGUGGAUGGACAGGAUAUUUAUCCGGAUGAGAUGAAAAAAGUUUUGGAAAACGAGGAAGGAGCUGAUGAUUUUUUGAACCGGAUUCGAAGUUUUGUGGUUUCAAAACUUGUCGAAUUGAGUGUGACUACAGAAGAAUACAUUCUGAUUUGUGUGAUUUUGUUUUGUGAUCCAGGUGGAUUCGCGGACCUUUUAUCCCUUUGUCCAAUUAUUCAAAGAAAUUUCGAAGAUUUACAGUACCUGACAAUGGUGUUCAAAUUGUCAUGGAAAGGUGUCCCAAUUCAAUUUAAAACGAUUGUCGAGGAGUUGGUUUGA